AGUGCACUGGAACUCAGUGUCACUCAGUUUGAUGGAGAUGCACCAGAAUGCAUCAUCGUUGUAAAUAAACAUCAAUCUUUUGUGUAUCGGGAAAAAUUCCGUCACCGUAAAUAACUCGCGACCCGCGACCAUGUGCAACGAUGGCCAGACCCUGAAUAUCUGUGAUUUAAACGAAGACGUGCUGGAACAUAUAUUCCAGUUCCUUCCGCUCCGUGACCUGGACCAGGCGGUUCGGGUUUGUAGAAAGUUCUACUCCACCAUCAGUUGUUAUGUGUUUGCAAAGCUCAGCGCCAAACUGCUGCUGACUGGUCACCAAAGAAAGUCAUCAACAAACUAUGGGACCGAUCGAAAUGUGAUAGAUUUCAGUUACCGGAGGCGUAUGCAUCUGUUUGAAAAUUGGCGCUACGGACGAUACCGUGAAUCACAGCUGUUCCACCAUCGUACAAUCUACUUCUCUCAGGUUAUUCUGGAGAAACGAUGGCUGUACAUGACGCAUCGUGGCCAACUGCGAUGUCACGAAAGAGUGGAAAAGGAUUACUUAUUGAAGAACAGGGCCAGCUGGACGGUGGGCAGGGAGAAGGACCCGGACGUAAGUUGUAUCGUUACGAGACGACAGGUUCUAUUUGGCGGCCGGAUAGAUGGAACUUGUUUCGUGCACGAUCAAAGCAAUCAGUGUCACAGUAGGCUGCGGCUAGAAGACGACGUGAUCACGUCGGUCGACUUUGAAGGAGAUCUGUAUGUCUGUUCUACCAAGUCUAGCUGUACAUCAUUCUGGAGAGGUUCCGUCGAGUUCGGUGACUAUAGAUUGAAGUUGAUGCGGCGUCUAGAGGAACCAUAUCAGACUGUGAAGUUGUGUCCCGAUGCGGGGAACAUCCUGGCCGCGGGAAAGUAUCAUGAUCGCAGUAAAGAAGCUCUGAGAGUGGUGGAUGUUGAAAGUGGAUCAACAACGAAACUGGAUUCACCAUCAAAAGCCAUAUAUCAGCUGCUUUGGAAAGAUUCCAGCACCAUUUUGACGGGCAACUUUGAUACCACAAUGCGGAUGGUCGACAUCCGUGCCGCAUGCGACGUAGCAGUUUGGACCGAUCCAUACGAUGCUUCCGUUUACUGUCUGGACUAUGACGGCGGCUAUGCAGUGCUGUGCGGUAUGAAGUAUAACUUUCGGGUAAAUCUGUACGACUUACGAGUUCCGAAACGAUGCGUUCAGAUGUACUUCCCGUCGAAUAAGUUUUCCCAGUACUCACCGGUGCAUAGUGUGGCGGCCGAUUCUAGUCAAUUGUUUGUCGUAACGGAUCACGAUCUGCGAAUACUUAACUUCAAUGCACGAGGGACAGAAACGAAAGAUUACACUUGGGAUUUAAAUAAAUGGCUUUAUUGAAGAAACAA